UAUAGACAACAUUUCAGUGUGAGAAGUUAGGAAUUGAGAAUGUUGAAGCUACUUCCAUGGCGUCGUUGCAGCCUAGUCUUGAGAAUAUCUGCUAUACCUUCCCCGUUCCUCACCAGUAUUUCCCGUUUCCUCACACACUCACAAUCUGUAGGAGAACAAGAAGGAUAUAUAUCGGACCCGCCAUUUUCUUCCACCACCACCAAAACCCUAAAGCCCCUCAAGACAAAAAAGAAGGAGAAGAGUACAAAAAUCUCACCCAGCAAUAAUUCUCAAAACUCUCCGGUGAGCUCCGAUCUGCCUUUUGAUUUCCGGUAUUCUUACUCCGAGACCAACUCCGCUAUUGAGCCUAUCGGGUUCCGUGAGCCGCCCAAAUUCUCUCCGUUUGGGCCUGGACGCCUCGAUAGGAAAUGGACUGGGACUUGUGCCCCUGCACAAAGCCCUCCGGACUUGGAGAAGAUUGCCGAGGAGCGGCAAGCAGUUCUCGGAGAACCGCUGUCGGAAGAGGAAAUUGCAGAGCUUGUUGAGAAGUACCGUCACAAUAACUGCUCUCGCCAAAUCAAUCUGGGGAAGGGUGGAGUUACACACAAUAUGCUGGAAGACAUCCACAACCACUGGAAGAGAGCUGAAGCUGUUAGGAUCAAGUGCUAUGGAGUACCGACUCUCGACAUGGAUAACAUUUGCUUCCAUCUUGAGGACAAAUCUGGUGGCAAAAUUGUAUAUCGCCACAUAAAUGUCCUACUUCUUUUUCGUGGUCGAAACUAUGAUCCCAAAAAUAGGCCAACCAUUCCCUUGAUGCUGUGGAAGCCAUAUGCACCUAUUUACCCAAAGCUAGUGAAGAAUGUUGCUGAUGGCCUGACAUUUGAAGAAACUAAGGAAAUGAGAACCAGAGGGCUCAACUCUCUUCCUCUAACAAAACUCACUAGGAAUGGUGUCUAUAUAAAUGUCGUUGAAAAAGUUAGGGUGGCAUUUCAAACAGCAGAACUAGUAAGAUUAGACUGCUCCCAUGUUGGAACAAGUGACUGCAAGAAGAUCAGUGUUAAAUUACGGGAUUUGGUACCUUGUAUUCCAAUCUUGGUUAAGGAUGAACAAAUUAUACUUUGGAGGGGAAAGAGGGAUGAAGAUCACAACUCUGGUUCAUCAACAGAACUUGCAAAGUGAAAACAUACCUAUAUUAGAGACAUGUUAGACAUGUGUUAGGGAUUUUGUUAGCCUCCCAUACAGAGCAAGUUAAAUUGCACAAACAGGAAAUAGGUUUUGCACAACUUCCAUGGCUGCCUCUUUGUCCAGAACUAUUGUGCCAGAAACUCCAGCUAUUCUACAAGAGGCUUUUGAGAGUGCGGCAGGUUGUUGACAUAAACAUCAUGUACCAAUCUUACAUAGUCCCCGGUUUUGUCAGCCGUCCAAUCAUCAGUACUGAUUGGAGGAAGAAGCUUGAUGGUGAGGGGAGCUGGGCGUACAUGCAAGCUACCUUUCCUCCAUGCCAGGUGAGUCCCUGUGAAGAUGAUUGGAACUAUUGGGAGACGCGUUUCCAAUGCCAAGUGCACAACUCCCUGCAACCCAACCACAAAUUCUCCAGUUGAACAUAUUUUUAGAUUUGGUAUUAAAGUAGGAAGAGUUCAAGAAUCUAGCUUACCUUUUUGAAUGGCAGUAAGCGCCCAUUCUGUGAUCUUGUACCCUCUGGGAAUAUGAUUAAAGAUAAAUUGUUAUCAACCA